AUGAAUGAAUACACAUUAGCUCCAAACACCUCAUGUUACCAAGACGUACUUGAGCGUCUCUCACACCGCCUCGCCCGUCUACUAUCAGAAGUUGACAUCUACCAACAACAACAACAACAACAACAACAACAACAAGAAGAGAGUGAGGCUGAGAAAGCAAAGAAGAAAUGUGUGAAUACAAAUAGUGUACCAAUGACGACAUCAUCUACGGUAUCAACUCUCUCAUGGCCCUCAUUGCAAGUUCAUCAUCGUGUGAGUCGUCUGCAGGAAUCUUUGGGUGAAUGCAAAGAGUUAUGGGAGACGAUGCAACGUCUGGAUGCGGCAAUGCGGCAGUUAAAAACAGAGUCUCUUAUUGAUUUGCGUAAUAUAUCAGGACCAUGUACAGAAGGUCCUCUUCUCGAUGUGGAGGAGGAGGAGGAGGAUAAGGAUAAGGAUUCUGGUAAUAUGAAUAGCGAAGAAGGGAGAAGAAAGAAUUAUCGUUAUUAUUAUCAUAUGAAAGAAGGGAUAGAUAUGUUGGGGAGAAAUUGUUUAUACAACAGCGGCAAAUCGGAUAAGGAGGAAACGACUCGUUUGUUGGUAAAACUUCAACGGCAAAAAAUCCUUCACGGCGAUGAAGUUCGUCAACUUUCUCAACGUGCUGUACAGAUUCACGACACGUUGAAUUCACAUUUCAAUAAAACUCCUAAUUUGUGUGAAGAAGUCUUUAAUGCAAUUUCUGAUAGUCAAAAUAACGAAAAUGAACAUGAUAUGGCUAAACUACAUGCCUUAUGUAGACGCAAUGAGGAGCGUGCCCGUAGUUUGCAGGAGCGAUUAACACGAAUAUUGGAAAAGUAUCACCGCGUUGUGGCACAUACAAAUAUGGAGCUUUGCCGUUUAGAUCUGGAACUCCAGGCAAUAGAACGGCAAUCACCACAGACAGAAGAAGAAAAUAUGCUUCAACUAUUGCAUUAUCGUGGUGAUAAAUGUUGA